AAGGAGCGCAGCGUUUGCGAAUCCAGAAGAUUACUUGGCAAUAGGGAAAAUCCGGAAAUUCGAAUUUGAAUAAAGAGAUUCCAGCGUUCAUAGUGAGCGCAGGGCGACGCUCAAAGCUUUAUUGACAGGAUAUUUUUCGAGUGUCAGCAUUUAUUUGUAUACGGAGCCAUUCGCUCCCCAGUCCACACUGUCAUCUCAGGAUUUUUCAUUGAUACGAUAUUUGACAAAAAAUUAUAAUGAAUCACAAUCAAGCGGAUAAUGAUAAAAAGUUUGAGUAGAAGAAGACGAACACUAUGCGGAUCCUGUCGUGUCUGUGUGUGCGCCCACCUGGUGGCUUGGGUACGCGGAGUGUGAUAUGCUGAGACAGUAGGUACCCAAGUUUUCGCCUGAACGCAGGACUCUCACCCGCGACGAUGAUCAUGAUUAUUAACGAGUAGUACUUAAUAUAUCGCCGUUCUUCUAAAAUCUAAUAUUGUUUUUACUUUCGUCUAAUGUCAUGGUCAUCGCUCUAUGAAAAAAUGAACUAUCAUUGAAUUUGAAGAAGUAUUGGCGGACGAGUUGUACAUUUCGUCCUUAGGCCUGUGCGGCCGAUCGGGAGCGCUUUGGACGUCAGCAAGGACACAAUCUGACUAUGCGUGACUACAACAAGCGACAUCUACAAUCUUGGUAACAAGGAGUAUGAGUCGACGAAGCCGUAGAACAGCAUGACAAAGAGUUGGUAUUGGAGUUUGUCCAGGAUCGUGUAGCACACUCGAGCAAAACUGGAGCCACUCAACUACAAGAAGGACGAGCAGCCACCUUUUCUAGCUGGUUGCGAAUCAAUCAGGGGCAUCGCAGAGUACCUAGAACUAUCGACAUUGUCCGACCGGUUUAUUUAAUAGUACCUACCAUUCGCGUCGCGACUGCAGCAAGUAGGACAGCGAGUCCGACUGCGACAAUCAUGGCAACAACGCCAAUGCAAACCUCUGCGGCGUCACCCGCCACAAGCCGGUCGGCAUCAAAGCGACCAAGCCUGCAUGCCGAUGCGCUGCAAGCCGGUGAUGGCGCAUCGAUCCAGGAUAAGAAAUACCUAGCCGGGGAGCGUCGUCUUAGCGUCACUUCCCUAAGGCUUCGCAGUGAAGUUGAAAUGUGGCUCAUGGAAGAGGUAAUCUAUUGUUUACGAGGACGAGAUCGAUGAUGUCGAUGCACUUCAACUAUGUAUAAUAUAUAAAUAUGAAUAUAAAUAUCUUGCUUCAUCUAGUACUAGUACUAGUACUCGUUGUAGUUGUAGAGUACCUCUAGAUCAUCUAAAAGCUAAAAACUAAAACUUCUUGCAUAAGUGAUGAAGACGUUCUUGCUAUUUCCUCACUUGCUGAACAACAAGAGCUUGUAUUGUUCUGGUAUUUAGUCGCCUGACUUUGAUCAUAAGGGAAAACAAGAAGAGAAUCCUUGUGAUCAAAUUCAGUCUACCAAAUAGUACCGGAGCCAUUCGGCGCUCCUUCUUUCACGCUUUACAACUAUUCGCAGCUGCUCCUACUUCCAGUAUUCUGUCGCCUUCUCCAAUCCACAAGGUCCCAAAGCUUUUUGGAGUCGAGGAUACAGAUGAACUUGAUCCAAGCGUACAGGAGGACGGACAGUCGCAUUUUCUGAAUGGCGUGUUAUUCUGUGGCGAGUACUACACUAUUUCUAUUUUUUAUUAUUAAAUUAUUUAAGAUAGUACAUGAUGGCUGCUUGCGGAUCAGGUACUCUAAUGUUAGAAGAUCUUCACUUCUUCCAGCACUGUUCUCUUUGCUUCAAGGCUUAUUUAAGUUUCAUGUUCGUCUAAAAAAAAAAGAUUAAGAGCAAGAAGUCUAUGCGUUCAGUCCCCAACGAAUUCUCUAGGUUCACGUGUCAACAUGGUGAUCAGAAUCGGUUAUUAUAUUCCUCGCCUCUGAAGAAGUAUCAUUUCUUCAAUUUUCACUACUACAGUAUUUUGGAUACGGGCGCAGUGGCUGAGAAGGUCCGGGAGAGGUUCGGAAUAGGCGUCGCGGCUCAGAGUAACAUUAAGGCUUGACGAAAUCCAUCUUCCGCAGUAUUUUGCUCUCGUUUUGAAGGGAAGACGAGCACGAAGAUGCUCUUGCUCACCAGAAUGGAUUUCUGCAGAUUCUAAUCGGAGAUUCCGUAGUUUCGUGGACGAGUUAGCUGCCAAGAUCGUAGAAGUUAGGGACGCCUUCGCGCAAGCUAGACGAGAAUCCAAAGAGAUUCCUCGUGAUACCCCCCUUCUUUGCGCACAAAAUGAAUGAAAGGCUUGGAUCUAAUUCGAAGUGAAAUACCUAAGUAGUAUCAGUACGGGUGGAUUGUCCUUUUUGUUUUGAUAUGCAAUGGUGUUCAUGGUGAUCUUCUUCUGCGACUUGUUUUGCGUCUACCGCUUUCUUUGAGAGAGUAUUUUUUUUUGUAACCGGUGAUGUAUUCUUUUCUUGUACCGACUAUUGAUCAUGCGUUUACAAGAAUUACUCAGUAGUAUCUAUUUCUAUAUGUUUGUGUAGAGCGAGAGCUGCCCAUCUGUUCACUUUCGCAAUCUGAAGGAUGAGUCUCUUCAAUAUGUAUCUAGGACUACGCGCUCGUCAUGAUCUUUCAUGUUGUGAAUCAAUCUUCGACUUGUUUGAGUAUAUUCCCUCGAGCAUGAAUUCUUGAAUAUGCGCGAAGCAUCGUUCGACAUUCGCAGUAGAGAGGACAAUAUUCGGCGUGGACGUCUGGGCCUUCAAGUGUACUAAGUAUGAAUAGGAUAUACUCAGAAGCAGAUACGCCCGCGCGAAACGCGCGAGGGAAAACCCGUUUCCAAGUAGAUCCAAAACAGACGCGUGGACAUCGAGAAUUCCAAAAACAUACGUCCUAGUAGCGAAGAUUAACGACAACAUCAAUACUUGUUUUCAGGAGCUCAAGAGCUACACCUAGGUAGUAUAAGUGCACACCCAAAUAGCAACUACCUUCACCUUGCUUAUUACCAUUGAAACAAAUUAAAGUACUGCAUGCUGUAUGAAGAAGAUCCUCGCCUUGCAUCCGCCCGCGCCCCUAAUUUUUGUCAUUAGUAGGUCUAUCUUUGUCUUUCCCCGUCCUCUUGUACUAUCGACGCGGCAUUGAUCUCGAUGAAUUCGAUACAACGGUAGCAUCUUGCAAAAAGCAAUGAUUGAAAUCACAACAGCCGUCUGAUCCAAUUGAAUUCACAAUUUUUGAAAAAAUGAUGACAGAAUUCGCAAAGUCUAAAAAGUUUGGAUUUUAGACAAGCAAGGAAGUAGAAGAUGCUUCGGCAUCUACGUGAGCGUCGACCGAGAAUCGAGGACCGACCCCUUGUAGCGCGACAAGAACUGUGUCUAGACCGAGUAGGUGCAAUAGGAUUAUGCCUAUGAGUGCAUUGAAAGCGAG